AUGCUUGCUUCUCGCAGACGUUUGUCCAAGAGCGCCUUAUUAAUUUUUAAGCGCGCACUAAUCAACCAAUCGUCGCUACAAAAUGAGCUCACAACCCGUCUAUUACCGCUAACCUACGAUUACCUUACUCCGCAACCAUCACACCUCCUGAAUCUUUCGCUUCUCGAUGUUCUUCCUUCAGGGAUCCCCAGCGAGCUACUGCAUAACAAUGGCGGUGACCAGAGAAUACUGCCAUCGAUAAGGCAGCCGGGCUAUUUGCCUCCGGGACACCAUUUGGUGUACUUCCCUCCACAGGUCACAUUAUCCGAGCUACUACCAGACGGCACGGAUAUCUUGCAUACGCCUGGGCAGCCAUUUAAUCGUCGACUAUGGGCUGGCGGAAGAAUCUCAUUUCCGCAGUCCAGUGGCGGCUGCUUGUUGCUUGAUGGCCAGCGGGCUGUCUGCGUCGAGAGGAUUGAGAAUGUCGAUAUCAAGGGUCCGGAAGGCGAUGAAAAGAUACUCGUUACUAUCGACCGGCGCUUUGCUUCAGCGGAUGAGGAUGAAGAUGAACUACACACCAGGAUGAGGAUAGCAAACGACAGCACUGAAGUCCUUGUUGAGAAAAGAACCUUGGUGUUUAUGCGGGAUUACAAAGUGAAAGAGGCAACCGGGGCUCAACAAGCCAUACAAGUCAACAGGAAUAGAAUUGUAAAAUCUCCUACAGAUCCCGAUAUCGAUCAUAAAAUGACACCCACCAAAGCUCUACUUUUCCGCUUCUCUGCUUUGACAUUCAAUGCCCACUCAAUCCAUCUUGACCCGCUCUAUGCCCAAAAGUCAGAGGGCCACCAUGACCUUCUCAUCCAUGGGCCACUGACUCUGGUCCUAAUGCUUAGUGUCCUUUCUAAACAUCUGUCGGAAGUAGGACUACGUAUCAAAGAAUUUGAGUAUAGGAAUCUGGCGCCGCUGCAUGUCGACGAGGAAUUGCGAAUCUGUGCAAAAGAAAAACAGAACACUGCAAAAGGCAGCCGCUGGGAAGUAUGGAUUGAAGGGCCUCGGGGCGGUCUUGCGGUUCGAGGCACUGCUUGGACUGCUCGCUCCGACAAGAUGGAUGUCUUCUGGGCAGCUCCCCCAAUCUCUCGGUACUUCAAAAACCUUUUACUUCUCGUCUGUUCUGUCUACGCAGACCUAACGAUUAGUCGUGAAACAGGACUUUAA